UUCACCGAAAGUGGUCAUCCAGUUGUCCACUACAGUAAUACAAUGACUAGUGUUUGCCAACAGAUGUCUCUCUGCGUGCAGUGCUGUCUGACACGAGUUUUUGGUAAACAAAAUGAUUGCAUUUGAUUUGAAUGACCAAUAGUUUGGACUUUGAAUACCGGGCUAUAGUGCGGACCAAUCGGUUGACCAAUCGGUUGAUCAUUGACUGCAAUAGCGAUGAGUAGUCCGACUGAGAAGGCGUUGCAUUUGUUGCGAUACUUACCGCGUGUUUCGCUCAACAAUUUGUCACCAAAUCCUUACUUCAAGAAAAAGACGUAUAAAGUGGGACAAUACAGACCACGAGAGAAGAUCAACAAAAGCAAUAGAGAGAGACUGCGCUUCUGGCCGGUCGGCUAUGAGGGCGGACGCGUCCCCUUCUAUCUCAAGAUACCCAUCGAGGAGUACUACAAGAACCACAAGUAUCGGCGCCAAUACCCGCCCCUCACUUUGUUUCAGUUGCAGCUCAUGAUUGACAACAAAGCCAUUGAUCCCGAAGAGCCCAUCGACUUGACGAGCCUUUGCAACACUAACUUCUAUCGCAUUGAUCCCCGAUUUAAUCACUUUGGCGUCCAUUUGACUGACGAGGGAUGCAAUGAAUUCAGAGCUAAAGUCAAUAUUGAAGUCCAAUACGCGAGGGAACCGGUGAUCGCCGCCAUCGAGAGGAACGGAGGAGUCAUUACCGCCGCUUACUAUGACAUCAAUAGUGUUAUAGCUCUUCACAGACCAAUGGAUUUCUUCCAAAAAGGUGAACCCAUACCUAAGCGAAUGCUUCCCACGGAAGACGCCGUCGAAUACUAUACGGACCCCAAAAACAGGGGUUAUUUGGCUGACCCUCAGAAGGUUGAGGAGGAGAGACAGAUAUUGGCCCAAAAGUAUGGCUACAAACUGCCCGAUCAUUCACGCGAUCCGAUAAUGAAUAUACGCAAAGAUCCGCGUCAAGUGUUCUUUGGCUUAGAGCCCGGUUGGGUCGUCAACCUCAGGGACCGACAGAUACUUCGGCCAACAGAUCCAGACCUCAACCAAUAUUAUAGAGACUAA